CACAAUUGUAAAUCAUAAAUCUCAUAAAAGAUCUUUCAAACAUUCAAAAAUCUCUCUCCAGAAAAUUUCAAAGUCUCUUGUAUUGUUUAUCAUCUUUGAUCUCUACCAUGAAUUCCAUGUUCAGUGCCUCUGACGCUCUUUUCGCUGAGCUUAUGGUGGGAAAGAACCUUAUGGCUUCGUCGUUUAAUGCUACAGCCACCACCAAACCCGCGUCACCGCAAACUCAAACGCAAGUGCAGAAGAAUGAAAAGACAAGUAACAAAAGGACGGGUUUGAUGCAGAAAACUCCGAGGUUUGCUCUGGAGCUCGACGGUCUUCACUGCUUCGAGACAAUAGUCCGUUCUUGAUUUUGAUUAUUAUUGUUGAUCCGUUCUUGGUGCUUCACCUCAAGAUCAGAAACAUUUUUUUCAGAUUGUUAUUGUUAUAUUUUAUUCGAUUUAUUCAUUGGAAGAAAAUGUGAUUGUGAAUACAUAUUAGAAUAUCAGUUUAUUCAAUCGGAUUAUAUUAAUAUAUUAUCUCUUUGCUUA